UUUACACUCACCUUAGUUGUUAAACCUGGACUGAGGGUGUGUUAGGGAGGUUUCCUCGGCAGAGGAGAAGGUUGGACACACAUGGAAUCUCUUCUCACUGCAGCUCCUCUUGGAGCUGCAAGUGUGGAAGAGCCAGCAGCCACCUCUCCUGGUCGUUUGGGGUCUGUCACUGAAGAAACAGAACCUGUAGAAAUAGAGACUUGUCAACACGACAAGAGCCAACCGACACAAACUCCAGAUUGUCUGGCACCAUACUCAUAUGACAGUUCUUCAUCAUCAUCGGACAGUGAGGAGGAAUGCAAAAUGGAAAAGAAAAAGAAACUGAAGAAAAAGAAGAAAAAGAAAGAUUCCAGUUCCUCUUCCUCCUCUUCAUCCUCUUCUUCCAGCAGCUCUUCAGACAGCGAUAGUGAGGAUGAAAAGAAAAAGAAGAAGAAAAAGAAGAAGAAAGAGGAGGACAAGAAGAAAAAGAAAGUAGUGAAAGAGUAUAUGUGGGACAGGUUGAUCGUACCGCCAACUGAUGAACAAAUGGAACUUCCUGGGGACUUGGAGUUAAAACGGGUUUCCAUCUUAUCUGAUGAUGACAAUGACCCAGAAGGGAAAAAGAAGGAUAAGAAAAAGGAUUCCUCUCCCUCUGACAACUCUUCCUCAGACAGUGAUGAAAAGAAGAAAAAGGACAAGAAGAAGAAAAAGAAGAAAGACAAGAAAAAGAAGAAAAAGAAAGACAAGAAGGAUUCCUCAUCAUCUGACAGUUCUUCUGACAGUGAAGAUGAGAAGAAAAAGAAGAAAGACAAGAAAAAGAAGAAAAAGAAAGACAAGAAGGAUUCCUCAUCCUCGUCAUCUGACAGUUAUUCUGACAGUGAAGAUGAAAAGAAGAAGAAGAAGAAGAAGAAAAAGAAGACGAAGGAUUCCAGUUCCUCCUCCUCUUCUUCCUCUUCUUCUUCAUCUUCCUCCUCCUCUUCUGACAGCGAUGAUGACAAGAAAAAGAAAAAGAAGAAAAAGAAAGAUAAGAAAAAGGAUUCUAGCUCAUCUUCAUCAUCAUCUUCUGAUAGCGAGAAAGACAAGAAGAAGAAAAAGAAAAAGGACAAGAAGAAAAAAGACAAAAAGGAUGAAGAGCAAGAAUUACUUACACCCGCUGAUAUUGCAGAGACAAGUGCUGUUGGAGACACAGCCAAGGAUAUUGAUGACAAGUUUAAAGCAGGGGAAGAUCCGUCUGGGACCUACACACCAGGUGCAGAGGCGUUGCCAGACUUUACUGAAGAGGGCCACCUGAGUGAUGACGAGGGAGAGGGAGGGGAUGAGAUGGAGAAGAAGAAAAAGAAGCUAAAGAAGAAGAAAGAAAAGGAUUCUGGUUCCUCUUCAGACAGUGAUGAUGAGGAAAAAGACAAGAAGAAGAAGAAAAAAAAGAAGAAGAAGAAGAAGAAGAAAAAGAAGGAUUCAUCAAGCUCAUCUUCAUCUUCUGAAAGCUCUUCGUCGGAAAGUGAGGAUGAGAAGAAAAAGAAGAAAAAGAAGAAGAAGAAGAAGAAAAAGGAUUCUAGUUCUUCCUCCUCUUCCUCUGAAAGUGAGGAUGACAAAAAGAAAAAGAAGAAGAAAAAGAAAAAGGAUUCUAGUUCUUCCUCCUCUUCCUCUGACAGUGAUGAUGACAAGAAAAAGAAGAAAAAGAAGGACUCUGGUUCUUCGUCUUCCUCUUCCUCAUCUGAAAGUGAUGAUGAAAAGAAGAAAAAGAAGAAGAAGAAAAAGAAGAAGAAAAAGGAUUCUAGUUCUUCCUCUUCAUCCUCUGACAGUGAUGAUGACAAGAAAAAGAAGAAGAAGAAGAAGAAAAAUAAGAAGAAAAAGCAGGACUCUAGUUCUUCGUCUUCCUCUUCCUCAUCUGAAAGUGAUGAUGAAAAGAAAAAGAAGAAAAAGAAGAAGAAACUGAAGAAGAAGAAAAAGGACUCAAGUUCUUCCUCAUCUUCAUCCGACAGUGAGGAUGACAAGAAGAAAAAGAAAAAGAAGAAAAAGAAGAAGACAAAGAAGAAGAAAAAGAAGGCCAACUCUUCUGAUGAUAGCGCUUCCUCAUCAUCAUCAUCAUCAUCUUCCUCCUCCUCUGAUAGUGAUGGUGACAAGAAAAAGAAGAAAAAGGAUAAAAAGAAGAAAAAGAAGAAAAAGGACAAGAAAAAGGAUUCUUCCUCUGACUCGUCCAGUGAUUCUUCUAGUGAUGAUUGCAAAAAGAAGAAAAAGAGGAAAAAGGACAAGAAGAAAAAGAAAAGCAAGAAAAAACAUUCCGAUUCUUCUGGAAGUGAUUAUGAAAAGAAGAAAAAGAAGAAAGACAAGAAAAAGAAGAAAGAUAAGAAGAAGAAAAAGGAUUCAAGCUCAAGCUCCUCGGGCUCCAGUUCCUCGAGUUCCAGUGGCAGUGACAAGGAAAACAAAAAGGCCAAGAAAGACAAGAAGAAAAAGGAGAAUAAAAGUCCUGAUGCUGAGCAAAGCGGCGACCCACAAAUGCAAGUGUCAGACCCUGGCGCGAGUGGCUACUCAGCAUUUAGCAGAAGCUCGAAGCCUGGUGGUGGUCCUGUUCUUACGUAUCCAUUGCUUCCCUCCAAACCUGUUGUAAACCUGGAUCCUCUUAACCCUCCACCUCCCGCAGUCUCAAAUGUAUCUGUGUCUACAACUGGUGGCGGAGAUCGAGCACCUAUUCGCAGACCCCUAAGUCCCAUGGAGUCAUUGAUGGGGAGUACAUUUCGGUACAGGGACACGGGGCCCCGUCCCACCACGCACUUAAGCUCGAGUAGUCUAUACAGAGGCCACAGGUCUUACAAGUGAAAAUGAUUCACAAAUGUUGAUCACAUGAGGAAAAGUUUAAGUGACAAAUUAUCCCUGUGACAGUUUUAACAGAUGUCUAAUGAAACCCAAUUAAAAGAAAUGUCGGAUGGCGGGUGGUCAUUGUGCUGCAAAAAAAGAUGAUUUUACGUGGAAUAUACGUAUUGAUAUUUCAAAUGAAAUACUGCAAUUCAGUGUUUGCUUCAGGGAAUAAAACAAUAAGAUUUAUUUUGUGCAUGCUGCUGUUAAAUUGCUGUCAGUGAUUCUAUUCUUGAAUAUAAUAUAUAAUAAAGUUAGGGUUAACAAGA